AUGCGGGUGUGUUGUGCUACUCAAAAGAGCCGGUGGGUGGUCGUGGCUAUACUUGGUGUGCCCCGGCCUGUGGGAGGGACGCUGCCAAAUGAGCCAAAUGAUACACCGGUAGAUUGUUCUGGUGGACCUCCAAAAUCUUCCCUCACGGGAUUAUCGGUAACCCGCGAGUCGAGAUCGAAUGCAGUGGCCGAAGGAGACGCGUCGCACUACGGCCAACCAAACACUACCUUGGUAACGCUGCAGGGGCCGUCCGAAUGGGACUGGGUUGAGCCUGCUUUCGUGAAAGCAGACUCGAGGGAACUUUUGGUGCAAGACUGCCCAGAACCGAAGGUGGAAGUCUCGGGGGAACCGUCAAUAAGACCCUUUUUGUUUGAAGCCUGGUAUGAAACUGUGAAGGAGCCUUUCUGGGAACCAUUGCCGGAAGUCCGUCAAGAGCCUUUGGUGCCUGUCUCGGCAAGAGCUUCAGUGGACAGCGAGUUGGAACUUUUGAUUGAAGCAUGGCCCCAGUGUGUCAAGAAAAGCCCAUACGAGAUAUUGAUAGAACCCUCGAGGGACCCACUCAUGGGACAGUUGGAGGAAGCCUCGCUUGAGCUUGUGGGGGAGGUUUUCGGAGAGCCAGCGGAAGCCUCAUCUGAGCUUAUGGUGGGAGUCUCGAUGGAAUCGUUGAAAGAAGUCUCGAUGGAACCGUUAGUGGAAGCCGCAGUGGAGCCAUUAGUGGAGACUUGUCCUGCGCCUUCGGGGAAACCCGGAGCUCGGCCAAGUUUAGUCCUUAGGGUGCUGGACGAGUGCCUAGAGAUGGAGAAAGAUCUCAGACCCGCUCUCCGACCAGAUGAGGAAGAGGAGGUUGUGAGAUGGGCUGAGACUGAUAUACUGCAGGAGCUGAGGAACCGAAAAACUACGGCAGACAUGUCCAUUUCCGAGUUCGAGGCGUGUUCGUGGAGAUGGCUCAAAUUGGUAUUGUUAAUGCGUGAGUGGCAAGACAAAGGGGGUAGCUUUAAAGAAGUGAUUUCAACGUUGGAUAAUCUUGUAUCGAGACCUGUUGGGUUAUCUGACAUAUGGUUUCUGGCAGGUAUGGUGCAGAGAUUUGUUUCGUCUAUGAGUUUCUCUCGAGUGUUACAUCGUACUCUAAUGCCGCAUAGUGGUUGGGAUUGUCGGAGGAUGAUUUAUCGUGAAGGGUUCCCAGAUACAAUUGUUCGUUUGCCUGAGAGUGAGGAAUGUGUCAACCGAGUUAGCGCCAGCUCAAAAUUAGAAUGGUGGCUACGUCAGGCAGAACGAAAUAUUCGUAUUGACGAAGACACAUGGACGGUGCCGCGGCAUCUAGCGUCGCUCUUCAGAGUGCAGCGUGUUCUGGGCAAGCCAACAUUUGACGACGCUAUUGAAGCAAUGAAAUAUCGUAUCCCGCCUCCCUCCUACGCCAAGUUGUCAAAUCGACAGUACCUUGCUUGCUUACUCAAGUAUGUAAAGACCGAUAUGUCCAAAAAUGUUCAUCGAACUAAACCCUGUCGUGACCCUCAGGCAUCGUCCACUGACCCUGUUGAGGAAAUGAGGACCUUUGUGGCGGGCAUGGUUGAAGAAUGUUCGCGAAAUGAUAAAAUUGAGGAACGAAGUUCGACAAUGAAGAAGUAUAUUGCUGGAUAUGCUCUCCGGAGCUUUCAGGCUGUCUUAUCAAGGAAGCGGGACAAAGGGUAUCGGAUAAGGAACCCUUUCAACUCGUGUGGAUGGCGUUGGUUAUCUCUGGCGGGACUGAUGAAUGAUUACUUGGAACCGGAAUUGGUGACUGAAUUAAUUUCAGAUAGUGAAAUGGUUGUACCGCGACCAAAACAUGUGUCACCAUUAUGGUACUUAGCCUGUCGGAUGCAGGCCUGUCUGAAAGGCACGGACAUUGCUCGCAUUUUCAACGGUGACCCGCCGUCCUGGUGGAUUUCCAAUACUGUAAUUUACCAAGAUAGCUUCCCCCAGACCUUUGGCGAGCUGCCGAUGUCUGAGAGGUCUGCCCAACUAAUCGGCUUCAGUUCUAAGGCAGCACAUUGGAUCGCAUCCGGGAUACGCAGAUUUCACACCACCAAUCGAACUUGGUCACCUACUCCAUACUUCAAUAUUGUCGAUAGAUUUCAAGCAGUAUUAGGAGACAUAAAAUUCAACGAAAUGAUCAACUUGAUCAAACCCCGAUUCUCGACCAUCGCCCGGGCCCAACAUAAAAUGUGCAAUCUAUCAGACAAGGCCAUCGCCGAAGUCAUUCUCAGGUACGCGGGUGUGGCUCGAAGGGAGAGCAUUCGCUUCUGUAAAGCGUGGCAGACUGGUAACCUUGAAAAGACGGAUACGAACUCGUCCGUAGACGAACCAUUAGCGAAAGAACCACCGGCGAAAGAACCACCGGCGAAAGAACCACCGGCGAAAGAACCACCGGCGAAAGAACCACCGGCGAAAGAACCACCGGCGAAAGAACCACCGGCGAAAAAAAAACGAGAUGGAUGA